AGGACAGUGCUGUGGAUUCCAGGUAUUGAGUUCUCACCUGUUGCUCGUGCAGUGGUCAUCCGUGCACGCGGAGGGCGCUGCAGGCAAGAGAAACGGUCACCAGCAGUUGCAGUUGCGCGUCAGCAGGACAAAUGUACUUGUUACGGCGAGUGCUUAGUCGAACAGAAAAAGUUUUUUAAAGGUUACAAAAAGUGUCAGCUUAAAAUAACUGUUUUUCCGAAACGAAUGAAAAUAUUUAUAGUUGUUUGAUCGCAUGUGAGAAGCGUUGUUUCUGAGCGGCGAGGCGGAGAGCAGAGAAGGACGAGCUCCGGGGCCAUGAGGAGGAGCGACGGUCAGUGGGACGUCCGGGCGGCGUCCGCCCACGCCGGCCUCUUCCACUUCCUGUGGUCCUGCGGCCGGGCCUGCCUGCUGCCCUUCCUCACGCUGUACCUGCGCCGCCUGGGCCUCACCGCCGCCAUGGUGGGCAUCGCCAUGGCGACCAGGUGGCUGAUCGCGCUGGCCUGGGGCCCCGCCGCGUCGCUCCUGGCCGCGCGGUACGACCGGCGGCGGGCGGUGGUGCUGGGCUCGCUGCUCUGCUCGGCGGCCGUGGCGCCCCUCCUCCUGCUCCUCCCCCCCGCCGACGCCGCCGCCGCCGCCGCUGCUGCCGCAGAGGCCGCUGGCCGCGGCUGCAACGCCACUCGGCUCUGGGGAGACGCCGAUGACGCCACCGGCACCAACCUGGACCCUGGUCGCCCGGGUAACUUCACGCACGCGCCCACAAUGUCGCGGCCGGUGUCGCUCGGCCCGGGUGGCUCGUCCGCGACGGCGAGCGAAGCUGGGGCGAGGAGCGGUUCUAACCGGUCUGAGGACAGUCGCCGGGUUUCGGAGGGACCCCGAAAACCCGUGUCCAGCUCUGGGGAGCAUAAAGUCGCCUUUUCAGGCAGGAACGGCUUCUACUCUCCUGUACCCGAGAGGAGGGUGAGAUCGGCGGGGAGGGGGUCCAAACAGGGCCUGGAGGCAGAGAAGGAGAAGGAGAAGGAGAAGGAGGAGGAGGAGGAGGAGGAGGAGGAAGCACGGUCCGAGUUCCUGGGCAGCCUGAAGGUGAUGGACGCCCAGCACCAGCUGUUCUUCCUGGUCCUGAUAGGCGUGGCCCUGUGGGAGGGCAUGGCUGCCCCGCUGGAGCGGACGGUGGACGACGGGCUCUACGAGUACCUGGACUUCGUCGACGCCGCCGACCGCCACGGCUCGGCCCGGCUGUGGGGGCUCCUGGGGGCGUCGGGCGGGACCUUCGGGGCGGGGCUUCUGGUGGCCGGGCUGGGCUGCACGACGGUGGGCCGCCUGCCCAGCGGCUCCGCCCACUUCUUCGCCUACGCCCUGCUGACGGCCCUGGCCGUCCCCGCGGCCACCUUCCUUCCCGCCGUGACCCCGGGCAGCCGGAAGCGGGCGCCGGCGGGGCGGGCCCUGAAGGCCCUGCGGCAGGUCCGGCGGGACCCCGCCGCCGCGCUCUGCGCCACCACGGCCUUCCUGGCGGGCGCGGCGUCCUCCGCCGUCGCCGACUUCCUCCUGUGGCAGAUGCAGGACCAGGGGAGUGGCGAGCUGCAGAUGGGCGUGGCCCUGGGCGCGGCCCUCCUCUCGCAGGUGCUCUUCCUGGCCCUGGUGGCCCCGCGGGCGGCCCGCUUCCUGAGCCACGGGGCGGCGGCGGCGGCGGGGGCGGCGGCGCUGGGCCUGCAGUGCCUGUACUACUCCUUCCUGUGGUCGCCCUGGGCCGCGCUGCCCGCCCAGGCCCUGAGCUGCCUGAGCGCCGGCGCCCUCUGGUGGGCGGUGGAGGCGCAGUGCGAGGGCGCGGCCACGCCGGGCACGGAGCGCUGGGCGCGGGCGGUGGCGCGCGAGCUGGCCGGCGGCCUCGGGGCGGCGCUGGGCAGCCUGGCCGCCGGGUUCACGGUGGACCGCUUCGGCGCCGCGGUGCUGUUUCGCGGCGCGGCCGCCGUCCUGCUGCUGUGGGGGCUCGCCUUGCCCGUGGUGCUCUCCCGGCUGCCGCGGCAACGGCGGAUCAACUACUCCCGCCUGCUGGCGGCCGACGGCGAGGCCGGCGAGCAGAGCGAGAGCGGGUCGGACCCGGAGCCGGAGGGCGACUGGCUCGUCAGGGCCAUGCAGGACGACAGGAGCGCCAACAACAACAACAACGCCGCCGACGGCAAUCGCCACUGGGGGAAGAACGAGAAGAGGAAGCCCGUCUGAAGAAGAGGAGGGGACAGGGUGCUGCAUCACCUCCCUGGAAGAGAAGUUUGAUGUUCGGUGGAAAGUGGAAAAGGAAAAGAAGGAUAAUUUAUUUCACGUUAAUUCCUGUGCCAAAAAAAAAAUGGUGAAAUCCUACAAAACUGAACACCACACCACGCCUUUUGACAACUAGCUUUCCACUGAGUGGAACAGCGACCGAACGCCAGAUUUUGAGGUGUGCGUGAUGAUGGGGCAGGGGGCCAAAACGUCCCUAUUUUUUUUUUUAGGCUGCUCCUGUCCCAUCCACUGUACUGCUAAUUCCACCAUCUGUGUAACUCUUUAAUUCUUUAAGUGCCAGUAUGUAUGCGUGUUGUUUCUUCCUGCAAAUUUACCCAAACUUAAUUGGGUAACGAGCAGGACACACUAAAGCCAGUAGGUUACAGCUCAGAAAAUGUUUCAUACAGGGACACAAGAACAGUCUUCAGCUGCUAUUCAUGAGCUCAUAAAUAAGUUCUGCCUGAAUAUCAAAUCGUGUGAAUGAUUGGACUGAGGAAAUGAUUGAGACUGGGUGUUGAAAAAUGAAAUCAGGUAACGGGCUUGCUGCUAAGCACAAGCGAUAAGGCUGGACCGAUAAGACAAGAUUUCCCCUCUUUUGAACUUACAGUACAGGAACUUGAACUGUUUUUGGCCCCAGUGUACAAAAAAAGUAUUCACCCUCCUCCUGUCUGACUGGUGUGUGACACGGCGUCUGAGGCAUGUUGAUAAACUGCUAUUUGCGUGACCUAUCGCUCUCGUUUGCAUAUGCGGUCACGGACCGAGAGGAAUGUGCCAAUGGCAGUUCGGUCUGAAUGCGUGACAUCACUGCGAUCAGACCGCUUGCCCGGUGGCACCGGUGCUGGAGGCGACCGGGAACCAAUCAGACUGCAUGACUUGUUUCCUGUUGGUAGAUAAAUGAUGUCAGUAAUGCUUAA